AUUCGCCAUGAAAAUUGCACGGAAUUGUAUUUCGCAAGUCAGAUCAUAAAAAUCAAACCCAAUAAAGAGCAAAUCGAAGUUUCGAAAUUGCUGAUUUGAUUUGGGCCGAAUCGACGGAUAUCAAUCGACGUCCGCUGCCUGAGACGCCCAGACGAACUUAAAAUGUUACGCUUUGUGUACAUUUCAUUACUGGCCCUGGGGUCGGUGUGGAGCCGGGACCCCCUCAGAGCCAGGACCAUGCCCACCAUCACCAACUCCCUAGUCAACUUGGGGAAGAUGGACAUCGCGUUUUAUAUCGGUAAAGAUAAUCUACCAAAAGAUAACAUCAUGCAAUUUAAUUCUAAACCUGUCUCUAUCAUCGAUGAAUGUCUUUGCAAUAGUAUGAGAAAUUCCGCGCCUCUUGGAGGUGGGUCCAGUUUCAUAAACAAGAUACUAUCAAGCAAUGAUUUCUUUAACUUAGAUAAAGAAGUAACAUAUGGUCCCCAAUGUUGCGAGUCCCAUGAAGAAAGCACCAUCACCUUUGAAUUUGGACCUAAAGAAUUUGGUCCUAAAACAAUAGGAAAUGCGGCUAAGCCUAUUCUGCAACCAAUCUCACCACUCAUACUGGAUAGCAUCUUGCCUCCUAAGAAAUUCAAUUCUCCCUUUACUCAAACAGCCCUAAAGCCAAAGGCAAUAGAAAUAUUUUUAUUCCCAAAAAAAGAGGGGCUAGACAACAAAAGUAACAAACUUUGGUUCAACAAUUUCGGUCCGAAGAAAUCACUCAAAAAAGAUAUCAAACUCGUAGGAGAUAAAGAUUUGAAGAGUAGUUUCGAUGCGAAAACUUCCAAUGAUGUAAAGGAUGCAUAUGAUGAUAAAUACUCUAAUGUUAAUGAUGGGAAAGUAUUGAAAAGCGUCAAAAGCAACUCAGAUUUAACGAAAUAUGACAAUAAUAAAUAUGACAAUAAUAAAUAUGACAAUAAUAAAUAUGACAAUAAUAAAUAUGACAAUAAUAAAUAUGAAACUGCCCAACCUGUAACUAUGAAAAAGGAAAUAGGCAUUAAGGAUCAGGAAGCUGAAAGUAAAUCUGAUGAGAAAGAAGAAUCGCAGAAAGAUAUGACUAAUAUUAGUAAACCACAGUAAGACACAAACCAAAUAUAUAAUGUCACUGUA